ACGCCCAAUCAGAAAAAACUGUUUGAUCUGCACAAGAAGGAGAUACUGGAAUUAUGGCUAGCAAGAGUGACCCCAGCAAAGAGCCAGAGGCUAAGAAGAGGAAGCAAGUCCGUGUGUGGGUGGACGGCUGCUUUGAUAUGGUUCAUUUUGGUCAUGCUAAUGCAUUGAGACAAGCAAAAGCUUUAGGAGAUGUACUAAUAGUUGGAGUUCACAGCGACAAGGAAGUAACGAGACACAAAGGCAUUCCGGUGAUGAGCGAGAAAGAAAGAUACAAGAUGGUGAGGUCUAUAAAGUGGGUGGAUGAGGUCGUAGAGGAUGUUCCAUAUGUCACUCCUGUAUCAAUACUCGACGAACAUAACUGUGAUUUCUGUGCACAUGGAGAUGAUAUUACAUUUGCCCCUGAUGGUUCCCAUAGCUAUCAGGCUAUCGUUGACGCCGGUCGUUUUAAAACCUUUAAAAGAACUCAGGGGGUUUCUACCACUGACCUGGUAGGAAGGAUGUUAUUGAUGACAAAAGAGCAUUUCCUUGAUUCAGAAAAGGAGGACAUUGUAGCUCAGUCUCCAGUCAAGAAAUUUGCAGUAAAUGAAAUGGGGGCCAUUACCAUAACCUUUCUCCCUCUCUCUACCUCUCAGAAUCCUUUAGGUACUAAUCCAUACAAUGGCCUCUUUAAAUUUUUGAGAACCUCACAGAGAAUUAUUGACUUCUCUGGUGGUACCGUCAAAGAACCAAAGUCUGGUGAUAAAGUUGUGUAUGUCGCUGGAGAUUUCGAUCUGUUUCACGUUGGACAUGUUGCCUUUUUAGAAAAGUGCCUUCAAUUCGGUAAUUAUAUUAUAAUCGGACUACAUGAAGACAGGGUUGUCAAUUCUUACAAAGGACGUAAUUUCCCUAUAAUGAAUCUACAUGAACGCGUCCUUGGAGCUCUGGCUUGCAGAUAUGUUUCAGAUGUUGUUAUUGGUGCUCCUUAUCAAAUUGAAGAGGAUUUACUCGACUUUUUCAAAGUCGAUUUUGUGGUUCAUGGUCGAACACCAAUCAAACCUUGUCAUGAUGGUUCAGAUCCUUAUCAAGUUGCACGUGAUAGAGGUAUAUUCCGUCAAAUUGAUAGCAACAACCCACUGACUACUAACGAUAUAGUUCAUCGCAUCAUACGAAACAGAAUGAAAUUUGAGGAGAGGAAUGAAAGGAAGGAGAGUGUUGAUAAACGUGGACAAGAAAGCUGUGAGUCAUGAAGAAAGAGCUGCUGAAAAUUGACCCGAAAAUAUCUGCUAAAAGCAUUAUUAUUAUUAUUACUAUUGUGGGCACUAUGUGUCGUUUUAUUGUCAUUUUAAUGUCACAAGCAUAGUAAC